GUGCAUGGCUGGUUGGUUUGUGGUUGAGUUAAAGUCUCGCUCGCUUGUCAAUAUCACACAGCAAAUGCGUUAAUGCAAAGAGAUGGGAAUCUUGCAGUCAUGUUUCUAAGACGAAUUACUGUAACGCUGCUCGCCCUGUGUGGAUUUAUAGCGAUCGGCGAUGCUCUUAAGUGUAAUUGCACUGCUUGUGAGAAGACUGGUUAUGUGUGCGAGACCGAUGGGGCUUGCAUGACCUCCACCUCAUACAUCAGUGGUCAGGAGGAGGAGCAUGUACGAAUAUGUCUGCCUCGUGUAAGCCUGGAACCACCAGGACAGCCCAUCUACUGCCUGAGCUCCAAGGGCCUGCUCAACAUACACUGCUGUUAUACAGACUUCUGUAACAGCAUUGACCUACAAGUGCCCAAUGGGAUUCCUGAAGAUAACAGCUGGACUGGAUCAGGGGGCAGCUGGGGUCCAGUAGAGCUGGUGGCUGUGAUCGCAGGUCCAGUUUUUCUCUUCUGUCUGUUACUUAUCGUGGGAGUGCUCGUUUUUCAGCACCACCAACGGAACUAUAACCAUCGGCAGCGACUUGACAUGGAAGAUCCAUCUUGUGAUCAUCUCUACUUGGCCAAAGACAAGACCUUACAGGACCUCAUCUUUGAUCUGUCUACCUCGGGUUCAGGGUCUGGUCUGCCCCUGUUUGUUCAGCGGACAGUGGCCAGGACAAUUGUACUGCAGGAGAUCAUAGGUAAAGGGCGUUUUGGGGAGGUAUGGAGGGGGAGAUGGAGAGGAGGAGAUGUGGCUGUGAAGAUCUUCUCCUCCAGAGAGGAGCGCUCCUGGUUCCGCGAGGCUGAGAUUUACCAGACCAUCAUGCUCCGGCAUGAAAAUAUCUUAGGCUUCAUUGCUGCUGAUAAUAAAGACAAUGGCACAUGGACCCAACUGUGGCUAGUCUCAGACUACCAUGAACAUGGCUCAUUAUUUGACUAUCUCAACCACUAUUCUGUUACAAUCGAGGGCAUGAUAAAGAUAUCGCUCUCAGCUGCCAGCGGAUUGGCACAUCUGCAUAUGGAGAUACUGGGCACACAGGGGAAACCAGGCAUUGCACAUCGUGACCUCAAAUCUAAAAACAUCCUGGUGAAAAAGAAUGGUACUUGUGCCAUAGCAGAUCUGGGACUCGCUGUACGGCACGAGUCCAUCACUGACACUAUAGACAUCGCACCCAAUCAGAGGGUCGGCACCAAAAGAUAUAUGGCCCCAGAGGUACUAGAUGAAACUAUCAACAUGAAACAGUUUGAUUCUUUCAAGUGUGCUGAUAUCUAUGCUUUGGGACUGGUAUACUGGGAGAUUGCACGACGGUGUAAUGCUGGAGGCAUCCAUGAAGAUUACCAGCUCCCAUACUAUGAUCUGGUGCCCUCCGAUCCCUCUAUAGAGGAGAUGAGGAAGGUGGUGUGUGAACAGAGACUACGACCCAACGUGCCCAACUGGUGGCAGAGCUAUGAGGCACUGAGAGUAAUGGGGAAGAUCAUGCGAGAGUGUUGGUAUGCCAACGGAGCUGCCCGUCUUACGGCUCUACGGAUUAAGAAGACACUCUCUCAACUCAGUGUCCAAGAAGACGUUAAGAUCUGAACCAUGUGGGAGAUUGCAGAUCCCUAUAGAGACGCACAAGUGAAUAAUAAAAAAAAGACUUAAGCAAAAAGCAGCCUGCCAGUUUUAGUCCUCUUAACCUUUUCAAGUUGUGAUGAGGCCUACAUCUUCAUCUUCGAUGAAACUACUGAGUGUCAGUCCAUCCCAGUCCUGCUCCUUCUCCAUCUCUUUGAAGAGAGGUAACUUCAACAUUUUCAAUCAUGGAUAAACCUCCUAACCGCUGAUGUCAGCACCACCUCCCUCCAUCGACAUGCUUAAUUGUGUUUUUUAUUUUGCCAGGAAUGUCAUUUUGAAUGUCAACUUUUUAUUUAAAGUUUCAUCCAAAAUGGACUCUGCUGUGUGACUUUUUGAAAAAAAUACAUUUAGAUUGAAUUUGUUCAUCCUCAUUCACUAAAAUACUGUGCAUCAUAUUCCAUCGUAAAUGUACAAGAAUAAUAUAUAGUGAUCUACUGCUGUUGUGAGAAUGUGAAAAACCUGGAUAACACUGUUUCCUGUUGCUAGCAAUUCAUGUUAAAUCAAGCAAAAAUGCAUUGCAGUUUUUUGUUCUUGUCGAAGAAAUGCAUCUUUAAUUUUGCAAGAGGAGCAGAACAUCAGCAAAAAUCAGCCUACUGAUUAAUCUUCAGGCAGCAUUCGCUGAACUCAAUCCAUCAAAUCUGUGUGUGCAAUCCCUUUAAAUACUCAUAGGCAUGGGCUAGUAAAUUAGUAAAAAAGGUUCACAAAUCAGCCAAAUCAUGUUUAGGUAUAAAUGUACUGACGUACACAGGUUUCCGUGAGGUUUAGGGUAUAGAAUAUAUAAUUAGCCUGUUAUGAAAUCAGUGGAAGAAUGAGAUGUCCUCACUAAUAUAGUGAAACAAAUCUGUGUAAAUGCUGAGUUCACUGUGGAAUGAUAGUUUGCUCAUGUUUAGUCAUAACUUGCAUUGUUCUUGAUAAGGUCCAUUUAUAACACCAGUGCUUUCAGUACUGGGAAUAUUAGUGAUUUUGGCACAAAGUUGUAUAAGGAAAGUCACAAUUUUCUCCCCUUUAAACUCCAUUAUUUUAAUGGGAAUGCUGAAGUAUGUUUUAUAAAUGCUCUAUAGGAAAUUGAAUGUUGGCAUGAGAAACUGCACUGUUGUUUUAAUGUUUGCUCCGCUCUGUGUCCUUUAGGGAUGUAGUAGUACCACUUCAGAAAACACAUGAAGUAUUGAAGUAUAAUAAUUGUAUCUUUCGGUUUGCCUUUUAUUAUAACAAUUGUAUUGCUCUGCUUUGCCAUGCAUUGAAGAGUUAUGCAAUUUAAUUGUACUACUGAACGUUUCCUUGUGAUUUUUUUUUUGUGCCUUUUGCCAAGACAAAUCACUCAACAUUGUAAACAGCAUCAUUUCAUAAUUAGCUCAGCCCUAGAAUGCCAAUUUCACUACUGCAUCCAACCCCCUUACAAACCUAAAGCUUUGUCUGCACCCAUGUCUUGUUCAUUUUCAAUUCAAGGGUUUACAGAAUUGUAGAAAUGCUGAGAGCAGGGGUCCUAUAUUAUGUGUAAGAUACAUAUGGCAGGAUCUGUUGUAGUCCAUUUCUGAUUGGCAUGUGUGUGUUUUAUAUUGUACAGGCCAUAUCUUAUGAAUCUGUCCCCUGUAGAUAAGAGUAUGUUUGAGGACAGUGGCUUGAUUUCAUGAACUGUACUUUCACUUGAAUUGAGAAUGCCUUAAACUAACAAUUCUGACUGAACUAUGUUUUAUCAUGGUGCUCUACGUCAUACACUGGGAAUUCUGUCCUUAGAAAUGUUACGACAAGGAGAGAAAAAAUGUAGACUAGUCGUUCCUCUGUUAUUUAUAUUGCGUUUGCUAUUUUUCUUUUCUCUACCACUUUGAUUUUGCAGUUGUGUGUAUAAUUAUGUACUCAAACCUUUGAGGAAAGACAUUUAGACGAUACUGGAUGGCAGAAGUUGCGGUUAUUGCCACUUUGUGGAGGAAAUUGUAAAAUAUUUGUCUAUGUUAGUUUUGACGAUAAGAUUCAGAUUAAUGUACAUAAAUGGUAUACAGUA